AUGUAUUCAUUCUCUAGGACUUUAGAUAAUGGGACAUUGGACAUGUAUUCAUUCUCUAGGACUUUAGAUAAUGGGACACUGGACAUGUAUUCAUUCUCUAGGACUUUAGACAAUGGGACAUUGGACAUGUAUUCAUUCUCUAGGACUUUAGAUAAUGGGACAGUGGACAUGUAUUCAUUCUCUAGGACUUUAGACAAUGGGACAUUGGACAUGUAUUCAUUCUCUAGGACUUUAGAUAAUGGGACAUUGGACAUGUAUUCAUUCUCUAGGACUUUAGAUAAUGGGACAUUGGACAUGUAUUCAUUCUCUAGGACUUUAGAUAAUGGGACAUUGGACAUGUAUUCAUUCUCUAGGACUUUAGAUAAUGGGACAUUGGACAUGUAUUCAUUCUCUAGGACUUUAGAUAAUGGGACAUUGGACAUGUAUUCAUUCUCUAGGACUUUAGAUAAUGGGACAGUGGACAUGUAUUCAUUCUCUAGGACUUUAGAUAAUGGGACAGUGGACAUGUAUUCAUUCUCUAGGACUUUAGACAAUGGGACAGUGGACAUGUAUUCAUUCUCUAGGACUUUAGACAAUGGGACAGUGGACAUGUAUUCAUUCUCUAGGACUUUAGACAAUGGGACAGUGGACAUGUAUUCAUUCUCUAGGACUUUAGACAAUGGGACAGUGGACAUGUAUUCAUUCUCUAGGACUUUAGACAAUGGGACAGUGGACAUGUAUUCAUUCUCUAGGACUUUAGACAAUGGGACAGUGGACAUGUAUUCAUUCUCUAGGACUUUAGACAAUGGGACAUUGGACAUGUAUUCAUUCUCUAGGACUUUAGACAAUGGGACAUUGGACAUGUAUUCAUUCUCUAGGACUUUAGACAAUGGGACAUUGGACAUGUAUUCAUUCUCUAGGACUUUAGAUAAUGGGACAUUGGACAUGUAUUCAUUCUCUAGGACUUUAGAUAAUGGGACAUUGGACAUGUAUUCAUUCUCUAGGACUUUAGAUAAUGGGACAGUGGACAUGUAUUCAUUCUCUAGGACUUUAGACAAUGGGACAUUGGACAUGUAUUCAUUCUCUAGGACUUUAGACAAUGGGACAUUGGACAUGUAUUCAUUCUCUAGGACUUUAGAUAAUGGGACAUUGGACAUGUAUUCAUUCUCUAGGACUUUAGAUAAUGGGACAUUGGACAUGUAUUCAUUCUCUAGGACUUUAGAUAAUGGGACAUUGGACAUGUAUUCAUUCUCUAGGACUUUAGAUAAUGGGACAUUGGACGUGUAUUCAUUCUCUAGGACUUUAGAUAAUGGGACAUUGGACAUGUAUUCAUUCUCUAGGACUUUAGAUAAUGGGACAUUGGACAUGUAUUCAUUCUCUAGGACUUUAGACAAUGGGACAUUGGACAUGUAUUCAUUCUCUAGGACUUUAGAUAAUGGGACAUUGGACAUGUAUUCAUUCUCUAGGACUUUAGAUAAUGGGACAUUGGACGUGUAUUCAUUCUCUAGGACUUUAGAUAAUGGGACAUUGGACGUGUAUUCAUUCUCUAGGACUUUAGAUAAUGGGACAUUGGACAUGUAUUCAUUCUCUAGGACUUUAGAUAAUGGGGACAGAAUAGAAAUAGAUCAGUAG